AUGGCACUUCUGGAGACAUUGAUGCAAUCUACAUCGGCUCUAUCUGCGUCGCAGUUUCUGGCAGCUUACAAAGAACUUAUGGCCUUCGAUAAUGACCUUAGGAGACGGCAGAUUGAUGUUGAGUUCUCUAGGAUGGAGAAAAUGUCUCCCGUGGCUGAUGAAUGUAAAUACGUGAGUGCAAAAGAAGUGAGGAACAGGAACAAGAAUCGGUAUACAAACAUUCUCCCAGUCGCGGACCACAUGCCGUACCUGACUCCCUCUGGAAAGAGGUCUGAACCUGAUUACAUCAACGCUGUAUUCUUACCGAAUUACAAUAAGAAGGGGGCGUUCAUCAUCACCCAGACACCUCUCAAAGUGACUAAAAACGACUUCAUGAGGAUGGUGGUUGAACACGAUGUCCAUACCAUCGUCAUGAUGAACAACAUGAGUGAAAUGAAGGAAGACGAAAUAUACUGGCCUGAAAAUGAAGACCACACGGUUAAUCAGAACAUGACGAUUGGCAAGACAGGCGAGGAAUGUGAAGGAGGAUUAAGAAAGAUAACGCUUGACUUGAAUCGGUUUGGAAAGACACGGAAACUUCAGCUUAUACAAUUUGAAGGAUGGCCUGAUGAUUCAGCGUUGCCAUCUUCUCCUAAAGAUAUUAUAAACCUCUUCGAUGCAGUGCAGUAUUGGCAACACCAAUCAGGAAACAACCCUGUUCUCGUGCAUUGCAUGAACGGAGCAGACAAAAGUGGCUUGUUUUGUGUUGUGUCAGCAGUCUUGGAGAGGAUGAAGAUCGAGCAAGACGUUGCUAUUACCCAGGUCAUCAAAGAGAUCAGGAACUACAGGGAACAGAUUGUCCCUUCUCUGACGGACCUGAAUAGGCAUCGGCAAGAAGAAGAGGGCACAUCUAGUUACACGUGCGACAUGUGUGGGGUUUCAGUAAAAAAGAAAAAUGACACGAAGGCCAAUAUGGACGGCAAUCCUGGCUAA